AUGCCAAGGAACGCAUUGGUGACUCUCAGAUACGGGGCCUACAGGAGCUGUGGCGUCGUUGAACACAGGACCUUCCGACUGCAGGGCUUACAAGCUGUGCUGAAAGCUGAUGGACACCAGGUAAUCCUUGAAGAAAUACCGGAUUGGAAUGAAGUGCAGCUCAUAGUAAAUGGAGAGACUGUGUUUCAGUGCAACAUUAAUGAUCUGGAUUUCGGAGGCGAUGGCCUGUUGGACCCCCUUUGCCAAGAAGCUAGAUAUGCAGUGUUAAACGCUUACUGA